CAACUUUAUUGCAUAAUAAAAAUAUACCAAAUCAUUUAACUCCCUUCUUUUUUUUCAAUUCGCUUAAAAACAAUUUCUUCUUCAAAUUUUUCAAUUCGAUUUUAUUUCCAAACAAAAUUGAGAGCAUUGUGUUAGUUUUAUAUUUUUUUUUAAAUUUCUUUUUCUUAAUGUUUGACUAUAAAUUUAAUAAUAAUAGCCAACUUUUUGGUCCAAAGGUUUUCCAAGUUACAAGAUUUCUAGCUGAUAGAGCAGGGAUAUUAGCUUUUGCUCAUUUGCCUUUAUUAAUACUAUUAGCUGGUCGUAAUAAUUUAACCAUUUUAUUGACUGGAUUACCUUACAAAUCAUUAAUUAUGUAUCAUAAAUGGACAUCAAGGAUGAUGUUUUUGAAUUCAACAUUUCAUGGAAUCUUAUACUCAUUAAUUGAAAUAAAAAAGGGUUCAUACUUGAAAAGCUUUAAAACUGAUUACUUUUUUUGGGGAGUCUUUUCAACAAUAGUUUGUGGGAUUUUAAUGUUUCAGUCAUUACAUUUUUUCAGAAACCAUUAUUAUGAAAUUUUUCUUUAUGGGCAUAUAUUAUUUGCAGGAAUUUUUUUUCUAUUUAUUUAUUAUCAUUGCAAAAGACUUGGAUGGCAUGGAUAUAUUCAUCUUUCAGUAUUAUUUUGGGCAUCAGAUCGAGUUAUUAGAAUUAUAAAUAUAAUUAGAUUUGGUUUUCCAAUUGCUAAAAUAAGAUAUCUUAGUGAUGACACAUUUAAAGUUACAAUAAAAAGACGAAAAAACUGGAAACCAUUUCCUGGUUGUUAUAUUUUCAUUUAUUUCUUGAAGGGCAAAAAUUUUUAUCAAUCACAUCCAUUUUCAAUUAUUGAUUCAAUACUAAAUCCCAAUGAAAUUACAAUUUAUAUCAAAAUUAAAGAGGGAAUCACAUUCGAAAUAGGAGAGAUGUUGAAAAAAAGUAUAAAUAAUAAUAAAGAAAUCAAUAUAAGAGUAGCAGUUGAAGGGCCAUAUGGACAUGGCCCAAAUUUCAAAAAUUAUAACAAUAUAUUAUUAAUUGCAGGUGGUAAUGGUAUACCUGGUCCACUAUAUGAUGCUAUAAAUAUGAUUAAAAAAGAUGGGUAUAAAAAUUUAAGAUAUAUUAAAUUAAUUUGGGUGGUUAAAAAUUUUGAAUCAAUCAAGUUUAUUUACCCAGAGUUAUUGAGACUUAUUGGCAUUGAUAAUAAUAAUAAUCAAAAUAAAAAAAUAAAUACAAAUAGAAUGAAGAAUUUAGUUGAUAUUGAAAUUUAUAUGACUAGAGUCUCAAAUGAACCAAUAUUUUCAAAUACUGAAACAAGUGAUAAAAAUGGAAGUUUGAAAAGUUUUAAAAAAUUGGAUUCAUUAAUGAAUGAACUGAAUACCUCAAAAUUUGAAUUAAACGAUGAUUUUGGUAAUAAUAGUAGUAGUAAUUUGGCAGCAAUGGAUAUUACCGAUGAAUCCAAUUUAAUAACAAACUCCAAUUCCAAUUCCAAUAUCAAUCUAGUGGAUCUUGAUUCGUUACUAAAUAAUGAUGUCUAUGAGAUUAAUGAGGACAAUUUUAAACCAGAAAACUUGAAUCAAUAUAAAAUACUCAAGAAAAUUGGACAAUAUGUGACAAUAAACUAUGGAAAACGACCCAACUUUGAGGAGAUUAUACUCCAAAACUUCAAGUAUACAAAAGGAUCUAUUUGUAUAGUUACUUGUGGCAACUCUUCGAUGUGUGAUUCAUUAAGAAACAUUGUUGCAGAGAAUGUCAGUAAAUGUAGCUACCAAGUUGACUUUUUUGAAGAGUUACAAGUUUGGUAAUAAAAGUUAAUGAUAAUGCAGUUGUAGAUGCAGUUUAGAUGGGUUUCUGGGUUCAGUGGAAUGCGUUUUUUAGUUUUUUCAGUAUAUAUUAGGUAGGGUUUAGUUAAUUGAAAUUUUUUUGAU